AUGGAAUUAAUAGAAGAUGUAUAUAGAUUAUGUAUAUCACAACCACAACCACUUAAUCAACCAUUGUAUGAAAACAUUCAAAGAUUCUUUGAAGAACAUGUUGACAAGUUGAGAGAAGCUAUUCUCACAACAAGCUCUGAUACAAUCUCUGAAUAUCUCAAGCAAUGGGCAAAGUUUUCAGUUGGUGCUCAUGGUUGUAAUAUUAAUGAUAAUUGGGUCAAUAAGAAAAUGGUUGAUAAGAAAAUGGGACAGCCAAAUGUUUAUACAAUUAUUAAUUUGGCAUUAAUGACAUGGAAAGAAAGAUUAUUCCAUAAGAUCAAAGAUAGAGCUUUAAGAUGUGUAGAGGUUCUCAUUCAACAAGAUAGAGAUGGUGAAAUUGUUGAACAUUCUGCCAUUACACAAUUUAUGGAAAGUUUAAUUAAACUUGAUGGAGUUGAUAAAUAUUUAUAUAGAACAGAAUAUGAAGCAUCUUAUUUGGAAAACACCAAACAAUUUUAUUCAAGAGAGUCAUCUGCAUUUAUUGCAGCACAUGGUAUUUCAAAUUACUUGCAAAAGGCAGAGAAACGUAUCGAUGAAGAGUACCAUCGAUCUCAGAAAUAUUUGAAUUCAUCGUCUCAUGAAAAGUUGAAACGUCUAUUGGAUUCCAUCCUCAUCGAAAGACAUAAAGAAUCAAUUCAUUCUGAAUAUAUUCAUAGAUUAUAUAAAUUAUUGUCAAGAAUUGAAGGUGGACUUAGUCCAGUAUUGGAAACUGUACAAAAUUAUAUUCAACAAACUGGUUUUGAUUCAUUAAAAGCUAUUCCUGAUAAAAAUAUUGCUGAUCCAAAAAUAUAUGUUGAAACUUUAUUGGAAAUUUAUUUAAGAUUUAGUGAGUUGAUUAAAAGAUCAUUUAACAAUGAUGUAUCAUUUAUCACUGUAUUGGAUGCAGCUUGUCACAAGAUUUUCAAUCAAAAUCAUUUGACUAAAAAUACAACCAAAUCACCUGAACUACUUGCCAAAUAUUGUGAUUUAUUGUUAAAGAAGGGUGCCAAAACAACUGAAGAAGUUGAACUUGAAGAAAAACUUGGUCAAAUUAUUGUAUUAUUUAAAUAUGUAGAUGAUAAAGAUGUAUUCCAAAAGUUUUAUUCAAAGAUGUUAUCACGUAGAUUAAUCAAUGGAACAUCAGUUUCAGAUGAUACUGAACGAUUUAUGAUCCAAGGUUUAAAACAAGCCUGUGGUUUUGAAUACACAUCGAAAUUCCAAAGAAUGUUUACCGAUAUUACACUUAGUGGUGAAACAAAUGAAGAAUUUAAAAGACAUAUUGAUAUGAAUAAUGUUCCAAUGGGCAAAGUUGAUUUUUCAAUUUUAGUUUUAACAUCUGGAAGUUGGUCAUUACAUUCACAAACAUCAUCUUUUAAUGUUCCACAAGAAUUAAUUAUUUGUAUGGAAGGAUUCACCAAUUACUACCAAACCAAACAUCAAGGUCGUAGAUUGAAUUGGUUGCACCAUCUCUCCAAGGCUGAAGUCAAAUCGACUCACCUCAAGAAACCAUAUGAAUUCCAAGUCACCAAUUUCCAACUAAGCAUCUUGUUACUUUUCAACGCUCAAGAACUUGUCAACUAUGAUGAUAUCACCAAACUCACUGGUCUCAACGAAAACGAAUUGCCAAGAACUCUACAAUCACUUUUAGAAUCAAAAUUAAUCCUUCAGAAAAAGAAUCCAGAUUCUGCAUCUCAAGAAUUUAUUUUAAAUAUGGCUUAUAUAAAUAAAAGAUUAAAAGUUAAAGUAUCAAGUUCACUACAAAAAGAUACUCAAGCUCAAGUGGAAGAGACAUACAAGGGUAUUGAUGAAGACAGAAAGUUAUACCUUCAAGCAUCGAUUGUCAGAAUUAUGAAGGCCAGAAAGACGAUGAAUCACGUUGCUCUCAUCCAAGAGGUAAUCGAACACUCUAGAUUACGUUUCCAACCAAAUAUCCCAAUGAUCAAGAAAUGUAUAGAACAAUUAAUUGAAAAGGAAUAUAUUCAAAGAGUCGAAGGUGAAAGUGACAGAUAUAAUUAUGUUGCUUAA